AUGGCAUUGCGGACCAAUAAAACUGCUCGUAUGUUUCAGUGUCAUACAGAUGGCAAGCAUUCGUCAGAUGCAACAAACCAGGUGUUUGUGGUUGUAUCUUUCAUGGCAGUGGUGAAUGGGAUCGCCAUGGCACGGGAAUCAGCAGAAGAGCUAGAUGCUGCAUGUGUAUCUGGAAGUCUGUUCCAUAUUGGGAUGACUGGGGAAGAAACUAAAGCUAUAGCUAAUAGUCUUGUCUGCAGGGAAGUCGGUCACCUCAACUGCAGUACACCAUACGUUCCAAAUCACGCCAGAAUCCAGGAUCCUCGCCUGAACUACCAAUUCAGAGACAGAGUGACUGUGACUUGCGACGCCGACCAAUCUAGCUUUACUCUGCAAUGUCAUAAUAAAGGCUUGUGGAGCGGACCAGACGUAUCUUGUCCAGUGCCUCCAACAUCACCAUCAAAAGUGCUCUCCUGCAAUGCCCCGGUAGUGCCUCCCUAUGCCACCAUUGGGAAUUUUCGACUAUCCUACAAGCCCGGGGACAGAUUGAAUGUCACGUGUGAUAUAAGGGGAGAACCGGUUACAUUGGAAUGUGAUGAUGGCUUAUGGACAGGACAGAAUGUAGUGUGUGAUUCACCCGCCCCAGCGUGCAAUCCGCCGAACAUUCCUUCGAUCUCAUAUAUUGAAGCUGUUAAACCACGCUACAAGAAUGGAGACCAAGUGAAUAUUACAUGUAACGAUAACUCUGAGCAGUUCGUCUGGGAAUGCCAAGAAGAUGGUUUGUGGCGAGGAAGGUACAUCACAUGUGCAUUCAAUGUAACACCUAUUGCAGGUCCGAACCCAGGACCUCCUGCGCCAAUAAGAAACCCACCAAAGGAAGUCAGUGGCAGAGAGUAUUUUAUCACCGGCCUACUUGUAGUAGCUGUCAUUUUGUUCGUUCUGGUUUUAAUGAGUUUGGCGAUGUUCUUCAUUUUCGUUAGGAAUCGUGGAUACGGCUUGGCAUCACCAUCAAAAGAAGCUCUCAGUGAGAAAGCUCGGGGACCUCUGCCAGAUGUUCCGGAAGGAUAUGCGAAUUAUGUUGCUGGCGAACAAUCACUGUACGUUGAACCUUAUCUCAAACAAAAUGGAGAUCCGAGCCCCAGCUACGAAGUCUACGAAAAGCCUGUUUGAAACAAUUGGCUGACCUUAUCCUCUUGUUGAAAAAUGUACAGAGACAU